AUGGCCUGGAGCGAUUCUCUGAAAGUCAAUGUUUAUUCCAUCAAUCUCAUCUCUGAUCCCACCGCCACUCUUCGUUUAAUAUGGGCUAUUGAAUUCCCGGUUGUUAUCCUUCUUUUCAGUUGUUGUAGACAGAAACCGGAGAAUUGCUCGUAUUUGAAAGCUAUUUCCCGAGGUCUGUUGGAACUUCCUGUUGGGGCUCUUUUAAAUGCGCUUGGAGCGUUAGCUUUGGGGGCACCCGUCGGAUUGCACAAGUACUUUGAAAGGACCAUUAGCUGGUCUCUUCUGAUGUCUUCAUUGACUGUGAAACAGCUGGCUUCAUUCUGUGAAACAUUACCUGCUGAUAUAGAUGUUUGGUAUCAUUUUCUUAGGCCAAAAGGACCUUUGGAUUUUAUGCUUUGUCUACCAGCACAUGGAGCUGUCAUUGGAGCUUGGUUUGGUACUUGGCCUAUGCCACUUGAUUGGGAACGCCCUUGGCAGGUAGCAUCUCCUCCUCUUGAUUCAUUGCGACUUAAAAUUUUGGUUUUUAUAGUAAAUUUAAGU